GGUCCUACUCAACUUCAGACCUGUUAUCAACAUUCAGAAUUUGCCACUUUUUCUUAGCUUAAUUUAUAUAUUUGGCUCGCCUUCCGAACCGAGCUUACUCCAGGUGUGGCAAAGGUGCCGCUGCUGACCCCGAAGGACAUGCCCGAUGACACGCAGGAUGCUAAGGCUCAGAAGUUGGCCGCAGCAAGGAAAAAGCUGAAGGAGUACCAGCAGCGCGCCAGCAACAACAAUGGGCAGCCUGGAACUGAGGAGACGGUGUCCGCCACCACGCAAUCGCACUCGUCCACUGUGAGCAUAUCCAGCAAUCUGUCGGAACGCUCGGACAGCGAGAUAAAUGUGAACGGAGGAGGAGCAGGUGGGACUCAGCCGCCGGAGCAGUCUGUCCUGCCCACACCCGCUUCUUAUUUUGCCCAAAACGAGUCGGAACACAAUGGCGGACUGGCAGAUGCCUCUAGCUUGCAGGCCAUCCAGGUGAUCAUCGCUGAAAAGGCCCAGCUCAAUGCGGAGCUGACCAAGGUUCGCCUGUCUUGCCGGGAACGUGAGCUAGAGCUGGAGGAGCUUCGCACCCUUAAGGAUCAGAAUCAAUUGCGUCUGGAGCAGCUACAACAGCACUGCCAGGAUCAACAGUCGACCGGCGAGCAGCAGCGACAGCAGUACGCGCAACUCCAGGCACAACUGCUACAAUCGCAAGCACAAAUCAAGGACCAACAGUCGCAUCUCAACGAACUGGAGGCCCAGCUGAAGCAGAGCAACCAGCGGCACGAGGAACUGCAGCAACAGCUUUCCCAAAAAUCGAACGAACUCGAGAUGGCCCAGCUGAAGCUGCGGCAGCUCUCAGACGAGUCUAGCGUCACCACAGACAACCGAGUGGAGUCGCUGGUGCAAACACAAUACAUGUACGAGCAACAAAUACGCGACCUCCAAGCGAUGGUGGGUCAACUAACGCAGGACAAGGAGCAGGCAGCUGGUCAGUAUCAAAACUAUGUGCAGCAUCAGAGCGGCGAAAUCGCCAAGCUCAACGAACGAAACACGGAACUCUCAGAGGAACUGAACUCACUAAGGGAGCGGGAAAGCCAGCUGGUGGAGCACGUGGGCGCCCUGGAGCGGGACAUACAAAAGAAUAUCAGCCUGCAGGCCCAAUUUAAAGAGGCCAGUCAGGUGCAGCCAUCCAACGAAGAAACCAGCGAGCAGAAAGCCUUGAAAGAUGAACUGGCUGUCUUGAAAGAGCGGAUCGAAAACUUCGAGUUUGAGCGCCACGAAUUCCAGCUGAAGAUCAAGUCGCAGGACGAUCAGCUGCAGCUAAAGGACUCGGCUUUAGACGAUUUGGAAAAGCAACUCGAACGCUUGCAAUCUGAGCAGCCCGAUCAGUCCAAGCUGUUGGCCACCAUGGAGUCGGACAAAGUGGCCGCAUCGCGUGCCCUGACCCAGAACGUAGAGAUGAAAAACCAGUUGGACGAACUGCAGCAACGAUUUGUCCAGUUGACAAACGACAAAGCCGAGCUGGUCAUCCGCUUGGAUUCAGAAGAGUUUGCCAACCGAGAAAUCCGCCAGAACUACAACAGCAUGGAGCAAAGGCUACACGCAAAUGAGGAGCGCUUUAAGUUUAAGGAUGAGGAAAUGAUUAGACUAUCGCACGAGAACGUGGAACUACAACGUCAGCAGUUAAUGUUGCAACAGCAGCUGGAUCGUCUCCGGCAUUAUGAGGCCAAAGCGUAUCACGCCAGUGAGGAAAACGAAAAAGGGAAUGGAGCAGAUGCACCAGAAAACGAAGCGGAGGAAGCGAAGGAAGUUGGUCUUUUGCAUAAUCAUUCGCACGAUCACUCUCAUGAGCAUUCCGACGGCCAUUGUCAUGAUAAUGACCACGAUCAUUCCCAUGAUCAUAGCCAUCAUAAUACUGAUGAUCAUGGUCAUCCACAUGAUCAUCCGCAUGAUCAUCCACACGAUCACACACAUGAUCAUUCACAUAGCCAUCCACACGAUCAUCAGCAUGAUCAUCCACAUGAUCACGGCCAGAACCACGACCGCAGACAAGCAGCUGAAACGCUGCCCACCGCAGAGGCCGUGGAACGCUUGCAAUCGCGUUUCACCACACUGAUCAGCCAGGUCGCCGACUUGACGGAGGAGAAGCACAGCCUGGAGCAUCUGGUGCUCCAGCUGCAGAGCGAAACCGAAACGAUUGGGGAGUACAUUGCCCUCUAUCAAACGCAGCGACGCAUGCUAAAGCAGCGUGAGUACGAGAAGGCCGCCCAAAUGCGUCUCCUGCAAGCGGAGCGAGAGCAGCUGCGCGAGAAGAUUGAGGCACUGAACAAGCUGGUGGUCAGUUUGGGCGUGGAGCUACCCGCAGAUGCCGCCCAGGCAAAGCAACCAGAAGCGGCCGCAAGUACCGAACACACUCCUAGCGAAGGUGAAAACUCGCAACAGAUCAUCAACAAGAUACAGGACAUUAUCAGCGAGAUCAAGGAGAACACGGAGCAGCCGAGCCACAACCAUGCAGGCGACCAUCUCAACUGUUGUCUGGGCAAGUUCGAGGUAGUCUAAAAGAAGUGCAAUUAUCGCCUGCUUACGUAUAAUCAUUACCCUUUUGCUACUGUAUUUAAUUGUAAUUGUACUUUGUUCUUCAGAGUCUUUUGUAAAUGUUUCCAACAACUUUGUGCGAAUAAACUUAGUUUGCAUUUAAGAGGAAUCUAUAAAAAUAGUCCCCCUAAAGCGUAUUAAAAACAAAUCAA